AUGUCGUCGAUAACUCUUCGAGAUGUGCAAGAUGGAAUCAUCCUAGGGAACUUGGAGUCUACUUUAUCUUGUAUGCUAUAUCGGAUGGGCCAAAUGUUGCCACGGGCAACUGCGGUUUUGAUCAAUACAUACGAGGAAGUGAACCCUACAAUCAUCAAGGAACUCAAGUCGAAGCUCCAAAACUGCCUUUCAGUUGCACCCUUCACGCUUGAUUAUCCACCUCAGUCUAAUACAGAUACUACUGGUUGCCUUUCAUGGCUGGACAAGCAGAAAUCUUCCUCAGUAGUAUAUAUUAGCUUUGGCAUAAUAUGGGCGUUGGCAUCACAUGAGUUGGGAGCAUUAGCAGAAGGAUUAGAAGCUAGUGGAACACCAUUUCUGUGGUCUCAAGGAGAAGCUGAAUGA